GACGGCAGUUGGCUUGGAAUCUGGAAGGAUGCCUCCUCUAAUAAAUCGUCGACGAGCGCUGCUUUUUCCUCUCUUGGCUGUCCUGGCUGUGAUCCUCUACGUCAGACAUCAAGCGACGGCGCAAUACUCCUUUGCCGUGCCCAGUAGGCUCUCCUUUGCUCAUGUGCCGCUCGAGCAUGAAACAAACCUUCCUGUCUCUGUACCAGUGAGCGAGCCCUCCGAUUCAGAGGAAGCGCGGCACACGGCUGAACAGCUUCUGUUCCCCGGUGUCGCUCAAUCUUUAUCUUCGACCUCCGCCCCAGAGCCAACUGUCAUCUCCUCAUCCCUGCCUCCUCCGCCUCCCAAACCAACCACCCUCCCCCCUUCAGUCAAAUACCGGCCACUCUCUUCCGGCCGCUGGCACCAGCUCGCCUCUCCCCCUGGAUCAUUGCCCGCGCUGCACACCCUCUGGGGCUCGCAUGGACACUACUGCCUACCUGCGUUCCGAGAAGACCUGCAACUCCUUUCAGAUUCAGAACGAGAAGAACUCGGUCGGGAGCGGCUACUUCGCUGCACGAGCUGGGAAUGGGUGCCAUCAUUGCCUGGUGGAGCCAAGAUGAGAGAGUGGAAUGUACGGAACUUCAUCGCACGGCUGGUCAAUUCAGAGCGCGGAAUGCUCCUUGUUGGAGACUCCCUCACAGGGCAAAUGGCGGACGUGCUCUACUCGAUGCUGCUCCUGCCCAUUCCCGGAUCCGAAGACAACUCCUACCCUGCAAUCCUUCCUAGCGCGCACUACACCACUGGUACACACGUCGUCAUCGAUCACAUGAAUGUCACUCUCCAUCCUUUCCACCCUCUAUACGCCGAGCUCCGCGCACAGUUUCCCCACAUCCUCGAGGAGAGAUUUCAAGAGCCUAUCGUCCAGUAUAUGCGGCAUGACCUCCUGCUGUCGUACGCUGAGCUGGAGCCUGUGUUCGAGCAAGUGGGGUUCACGCAUGCUCCGUUUGAGUACGGGCCAUUCGCCUCCCAAUUUCCCUGGCGCGUCCGGCUGCCUAAUAACCCCUCGCGCUGGGACGGAGAACAGGAUAGCGUUCUCGUGCUCAACACUGGUGCCCACUGGUCCCCCGCAAGAUGGGGCGUGCCCCAGGCAGCGUAUACCGAAGGCUACCGGGCCGUAGUGCGGCAUCUAUUGCCCGAGUUGCUGGGGACACCUAAGCUGCACCUUGUAUAUCGGGGCACCGCUUCACCCCAUACGAACUGCUACGAGCACACGGCGCCGGUCUUUCCCGGCCUGCCUGUAGACCCGGCGCAUGAGUAUGAUUGGGGCUGGGCGCACUUUCCUGUUCUGGAUCAGGUGUGGGCUGAGCAGCUGGACGAGGCUGCCCCAGAGGGGAAGGGGAGUGCUGGUGGCAGAGUGGACAUUUUAGAUGUGAGGGAAAUGAGUGCGCAGCGACCGGAGGAUCAUGUGCUCGGGUUUGAUGGGAAGGGAGAUUGUUUGCAUUGGUAUGGGCCUACAGUGCCGGGGACAUGGGCGAAAAUGGUUUGGCAUAUCCUCUAGGGGGAGUGGAGGCUCCGUUGUGGACAGAUGCUUGGUUUUUUGGGGGGGGUCACAGCAAUGUAUUGUAUGCAAGUACUGGGACAUUACAGGGAGAUCUCAUCUGAGAAACGUCCUUGAUCACGUACGAGGAUCCUCCGCGAUGCUGGGUGUCAUCACAACUGUCAAUAUACUUACAUGUACAGAUAAUGUUACACGUACAUGGAACAAAUGGAACAUCUCUGCAAGAGGACAAUCAUCACGGGUCCUCAACCAUCUCCCACCACAUCCUCACCCACUCCCCCACCACCCCAUUUCCAUACCAAUGCAUGCAGUCCACCUCCCCUCCCUCGGUCACCGCAAGGAGGUGCGCGUCCGGUCUCUGGCCUGCCAUCUCCCCUACAUCUAGCCAUCCUACUCUCCCCCCAGCCUGAGUAAUGCCGGAAGGGGCGAGCGCGUCUAGUUCUUCCCGCCAGAGAGUGUCCAGGAGGGGGAAGGCCAGCCAUCCCCAGGCUGGGUUUGACUGCUUUGGAUUUGGAGGCUGGGCUGGGUAUACGGGGCCGGAUGUGCGCGAGCAGCCGGUGUGAGGGGGGGAGAUCGUACGGUAUACCGUGUGCAGUUUGGGAUUGGCCAGCAGCCGAGGAGCCAGGGAGUGCACAAGCGCUGCGUACCCUUGUAUAUACUCC